AUGACUUCCACUAAGUUGCCUCUGCACCUGAGGCAGUGCAGGUCUGCUAUAAAAGGCAGCCCAAGUCUCUGCUCUCUCAUCCACUUCUCUCACCUCCUUCUACUCCUCUUCAGGAAUCAGGUGCACCUGAUACCCCCAGCCAUGUCCUGCUGCAGACCCUGUGAGCCUUGCUGCCAGCCCUGUGGCCCCACCCCGCUGGGCAGCAGCUGCAAUGAGUGCUGUGUCAGGCAGUGCCAGGACUCCCACGUGGCCAUCCAGCCUUCGGCCGUGGUGGUGACCCUGCCUGGGCCCAUCCUCAGCUCCUUCCCACAGAACACCGCCGUGGGAUCCUCCAGCUCUGCUGCUGUUGGCAGCAUCCUGAGCUCUCAGGGAGUGCCCAUCAGCUCUGGGGGCUUUGACCUCUCCUGCAUCACCAACUGCUAUGGUGGCAACAGAUGUCGUCCCUGCUAA